AUGACUGGGCAGAAGGAGCCUACAAGUCCCCAGAUGGAGCUUGCAGAAUCACUGAAAGAGUUGUCUCUUGUAGGAGUAGACUUGGAGAACUAUAAGAAAGGGUUAGAUAUUGAUACCCUAACUGUAGAAGAACGACUCCAACAGAGCCACAGGCUUAGUUCUUUUGGAAAGCUUUACUUGGAGAAGUACCGAAAAUCCAAGCAGCAAGAAGACAUAGACCUAUCAAUCAAAUCGUACGAGAAAGCUAUUCGCCUUGUUGCAGAUGAUUCUGGGCUACUCGCAUAUGACUACGACUACGCAAUCGCCCUUUUUGAGCGCUACAGCCUUCUCCAAAGGCCUGAUGAUCUUGAAAGUGCAAUUUCACGUGUGGAACGGGUCGUGGAAGGUACACCGGAAGAAAGCAGCGACUUUACCCAUCGAUCAGGCUUUCUAUCCAGCUUAUACUACAUCCGGUAUCAAUCUUCCAGGACUAUAUCAGAUCUCUCAAAAGCCAUUGGAGCCAUACGCAAGAGUGUCCACGCCAAUGAAGGAAACGAAAAGCUGGUGUCUAAUCUCAAUAAUCUGUCGGUUUUCCUCUAUCAGCGUUUUCGGUUAUCCCCAAAUCAUGACUUAGUCGACAUUUCUGAGGCAAUCUUGUAUCAAAACCGGUUGGUGGAACUGACGACAGAGGAUGAUGAUAACAGUCCAUUUUGGUUGGAGAAGCUAGGGGGUUUGUUAGAGGCUCGUUUCAAAUACACUGGGGAAAUAGAGGAUCUGUCAGCCGCAAUAUCUGCCCUCGACAAGGCAAUUGGUAUUUCUCCGGCCCAGGAUAAUAAUAGGAUUAGAAGACUUGGGAAACCUGGCACGCUUUAUCGUCAUCGAUCACAAUAUAAAGGAAAUGCUGAAGACAUUUUUCGAGCGGUAGAGGACCAUGAGGAAGCGUUACAAAUCUCCCCAGAUGACUAUUCCAACUUCUACGAGCUUUAUGAAAAUGUAGGAAACUCGUAUCUUGCAAUGUACCAUCAAACAGAGGAUAUACAACAUGUAUCCGAGGCCGUCACUGCGCUUAAAAAUGCUGUUGACCUCAUCCCGGAGGACAAUACAGAUGCAGCAUCGUAUUGGUCCAAUUUGGGCACCGCAUAUUUGCGCCUUUUUGAAUGUAAAGGUGACCCACAGGAUUUAUCUGAUGCCAUAUCGGCUCAGGAGCGUUCUCUUCAAUUCGCGUCAACAGACAGUGUUCAGCUUUCCUCCUUUUACGAUCAUCUUGGAGAUUCUUAUCAAAUCAAGUUCGAAAUAUAUGGUAACACGCUGGAUAUAUCUAAAGCAAUAUCUGCACAUCAGCAGGCAAUUCAGCUCAUGCCAGAGAACCACAUACUUCGGGCAGACCGUCUCAACAACCUUGGGACAGCGUUACAAUGCCGCGCGGAGAGAACGGGCGACAUUUCAGAUAUAUGGGAGGCAAUAAGCGCUCACAGAGAGGCUGUCAAACUAUGUCAUCCAGACAACUCUAAUCUGCCGCUCUUGCUGUCAAACCUAGGAAACGCGAUCUUCGCCCAGUUCAAACUAAAAAAUGACCCAAAGGCCAUUGAUGAGUCAAUUUCACUCUACCAGCAAGCUCUUUCCAUGACUGGGAACAAAAAAACAGAUGCCGCUGUUGCAACUUAUUAUGACAAUCUCAGUAUUGCUCAAAGACUUAGGUUUGACCUUUGUAAGGUCGAGAACGAUAUAGAUGGCUCUAUUUCAUCAGCAGAGAUAGCACUUAAUCUUACACGGGAGGGCCGCCACUUGGAUACCAUUGGACGAUUGAACAACCUUGCUACAGCUUUGUGCAAACGCUACGAGCACAGCAAAAUUCCUGCUGAUAUAUCGAAAGCAAUACAGUCUUUGGAGAAAGGAAUACAGAUGCUCCCCAGUAUGGCUGUCCGUUUGCACAUUUAA